UUGGCAGAUGAUCACAUGUGCUGAAGCGGCGCAGACUUUAAUCGUUCGCUCUUAGUUUUAUAAUAUUUAUAAUAUCUAAAAUGGACAGUUUCGGUGCAGAUUAUUCCUCUGGCUCUUCGGCUGGGAAAAUGGACACUGGCACGAUAAUGGAGCAAGUCAAAGUUCAGAUCGCUGUCGCAAACGCUCAAGAACUGCUGCAGAGAAUGACUGAUAAAUGCUUCAAGAAAUGCAUCGGCAAGCCAGGAAGCACACUGGACAAUUCUGAACAGAAAUGCAUCGCCAUGUGCAUGGAUCGCUAUAUGGAUGCAUGGAACACGGUCUCGCGUGCAUAUAAUUCAAGAUUACAAAGGGAAAGAGCUCGGAUUUGAUGUGCACAUGCUGGCCAGUAAUACUUCUGUAUCACCUGGGUAUGCAGGUAGAGAUGCUCUGUCUGCACAACAUGUGUAUAGACGGCUUUCUGACCUCACAUCAACAGCUGAUCACUACCGAAUCAACCAGGUGGAUCGGAUUUAUACCGUACAUGCCAUGGACUUUUUUAAAACGUGUUAAAACAAUUAUUUAAGACAUUUGUCAUCGAAUGAUUUGCAAGUUCCAAUUAGGACUAUUAUGGAUAGAUUGUGGUUGCAUUGCAUAUGCUUAAAAUUAUGCCCAGAAUUGAGAUUAUGGGUCAAAAAUGUAUCUACAUCCACUCUGUACCCUGUUUAUAGGUCUCACUGUGUUUAGCAAUGGAAGAUCUUGUGUUGUUAUCCGUUCAUCAAGCUGCCAAUCCAAAUGUAGCGAGCCAUCUUGUCAUUUGUGGAUCUUUUUUUUCCCCAGAGUGAACGACUCACUUUAACAUCUGUUUCACAAACAUACUUCUUCUUCAAAGGGGUGUCUUUGUUGCAAGUGGCCUCUUCAUCAAGAGCAGCCAAAUAGUGCUUCUUUACCGCAAAGAACAAAAUGCAAUAGUCAAACCUGGAGUGUCAUUUGGCUCAUUGUCGGUUUAGUACAGUGCUCGUUUUGUUUAGAACCACCGAUCCUGGUGUAAAAGUAUUUUAGGAAUUUUGUGAAAUUAUGGAAUGCAAAUAAUUACCAUCAAAUGAUACAUUUUUAUUGUUGACAAAGUAAGAGAAUGUAGCACCAUUUGUAACAAUUAACAAGUCAAAUCUACUGGAGUGAAAGAUGUAUAGACCCAUAUUUAAUUAAACACAACUGAAAACAAGGCUGUGAGAGAUAGAAGUACAUGAAUGGGUUAAAAUGUCAUGCGAUCCAAGACAUUGAGCGCAUUUAAAUGCAUGUUCUUAUAUGAUUAUGCCUAAGCUAACAAUGUGUGUGGUCAUGUAAACUUACGAAACGGCCUUUAUCGGUUAUAAAUGGUGUUAGAAUAAACCGAUCGUCCCGGGUAGAUUAUUGUCCAUUACGCAGAUUUUGCAUUGCAUGUAUGAAUGGCCUUCCUCACAUUCUUACCGCCGUAUCCAACGUCCGAAUGUAUUGUGCAUAUAACGUUAGCCAGCUGGUAGUUAGCUGUGCAGUGUGUAAACCUCACUCCCCUGGCGUCAAUAGGCGCACUAGCAACUGACGCUAGAGGCUGUAGCCUUUAGCCUCCAUGUUAGCGCGCGCGCCUCCCAUGCCGGAGACGCCGGUUCGAAUCUCGCUCUGAGCUGGUCGAGCAGUUCUGCGUUGUUCUGUCUUUUUCUGAGCGCUGAAACAAAAACAUUUAUUAUUAAUUUGGCAUCGGCCUUACAACGUAAAUGUGAUUAUUUCAAAUGUCAAGGGUAAACAAGGAUUUCUCUUUUCUUUUUAAAUAAACAGAUUUUUUGGAGUAACUAGUGUAUUGGCGAGCAUGUAAAUGGUCUUAAGAAAGUAAGACCCAUUGAAUGGGUGGUACAUUCAUCUCUCACAGCCUCAUUUUGAUUUUUGCGUAAAACAUGACGUCUACCAGAGGCAGUGCUAGGAUUUGGUCUCUUGAGUUGGGGGCAAGAGGUUAACCGUUGAUCGUCUUGCCACUGUCGGGGCAAUGGGGCAUGAGGAAAAACUGGGGGGGGGGUGCGCGCCCCGUCAUAGUCCCAGCCAUUAUAUCUACCCUGACUGAGGUCCAUGGUCUCCUUUUUCCUUUUGAAAUCAUAGUUUGUCAAUGUAACUUUGGGUUUGAUUAGAGACAAACAAAUGUCGCCAUAUUUUAGUUCCUUGCUUAUGUAAUCUCUGUAGGAAAGCAGCUUAACUUGAUGAUUUCUGUAUAUCUUUUAGCAAUAUGGGUUACUCUUAGGCCCAUACAUUUCUACAGAACUCGAAUGCCCAUAUUUCACAGAGUUCCUGUAUUAGAAAUUGCAAAUAAAGUCAGUGAUUCCAUAUGGGCCUGGUUACGGUUUGUCUCGACUAGAGGUGGAGAGUAACAAAUUACAACUACUUUCGUUACAGUACUUGAGUACAUUUUUGAUUUCAAAUUAAUUUGAAAUAUAAAUAAAUAAUAGUACUUUUAUUUGAGUUGAUUAAAAAUGUAGUAUUCAACUUCGCUACAGUUAUUUUUCACCACAAUUGCAAAUAGAUUGCAGGGCUUACCCGUCAUGAAACCCACACGUGCUCCAAUGACGAGCAAAAUCAAUAUGGCAGCUAAUGUGAAACAUUGGCUUUGGGUCGUCCUCAGGCCACUUUUUCAAAUCCUUCUCCAUUGCAAUCUAGACAAAAACCUGCAACACAUCCUGGACAUCCAAACCCUAAAACACAAGAAGUCAUGGGGGUAUAAGUUACACACAGUAAAACCGUUCAUCUCCUAACAACACCUCCAGAAUCACUGAGUUUGGGUUAGUAAGACAUCAGAUGUUGAAGAGCAUCCUGUGGGAACUGUAAGUGAAAAUCACCUCGUGGGAUACCAAAGUAUUAUUUCACUAGCCAUACAAUUAAACAAUACAAGGAGUGUUUCCAAGAAGCCAAAACAAACCUCUGUCAAUUCAGAAAUGUGAAGCCUUC